AUGCUGGUGGACACCGCCACAUCCACCGGCCCACCCCGCCAGGGCCCCGGCAAAUCCUCCCCACGUCUCUUCAGUGACAUCGUAACCUACAAUCCUCAUAACAAAGGCUACAAUGUCCUCUCCUCAUUCCCACCAGAUGAUGACUCGGAAGAAGCCCAGAAACUCUAUCAACGUUCUGGCCACCCUCACCGUUUCAUUCUCAAACCGAACCAAAGCACCCCGCGAUCAUAUCCUAUCGAAGCAGGUGCAACCCAUAUUAUCGCAGCUGUCUGCCAAAUCUGUCGCCAACACGUCGAAAUCCGUCUCCGAUAUGCUGACAAUGUGCCUAUCGCUUCUACUUGUCCCACUCCUCAGAAUCCCCUUCAUCAUUUUCGACACGACCCUGCGCGAUCCGGUCCCUUCAUUGAUAAAAACAGGAUUGAAGAGAUAUCCGGCGACAUAGAUGUCCACCAUUUUGACUGCACGAACGCCGGUUGUAAAACCAGUGUUACCAUUACUACCAAAGGCCGUCGUAUAACCACUCGGUUUCAGGCUCUCCUUACGGACGGGACGAUCCUUUGGAAUAGAAAUAAACUGGCCUUUGAGACAUACCCGGACUCAUUCGUAGACCCCAAAGCUCCCGAAGGAGAGAGAAACCCCGUCAUGAAACCCGUGCCAACACCGGCUAUGGUACUGAAGACUAUGAGAACAGUCAUCGGUGGUGUUACUGCGAGAAAAGAAAGACGGAAUAUUCCUAGGUUGAAUACUAGGUUUUUAACUCAACUAGGAGAUGAGUGUCACGAGAUGAUGGAGAUUUUGGGAUUCGUCAUAGACGAAGAGCAAGCAUUGGUACCGCCGAUUCUACCUGAGGAGCCAGGAAAUGGAAUUCCUUUGCAAGAUGAAUUGGCGAAGAUUUUUGAUGACUGGGACCUAGAGUUGAUGAUAUUAACGGCACAAAAUGAGAUCGAUGCUAAUCUAUUUCAGCCCAUUAAUGCGGAAGCUGAUCUAAAGAAAUUACUCGGUGCGACUAACUAUCCAACAAGUCCGGCUUCUAGACGCACUGCGGUGGAUCCCUCCCGACCUGAACACCCAGCGUAUGCCAAUCUAGGUGCGAAUCUAGAUUUCUCAGACGAAAUCCUUUUCUGGGCUUAUCAACGCCAAAAGGAAUGCGACCCUGAGAAUGGGCCCUUUUACUUCGAUUGCCUCUCCGGACUUGCCAAUGGCCGCCACAGCGAAGAACUCCAACUACAAGUCGCAACCCUUCGCUCCCAAGGCGAAUUCUCACGUAGCGAUGUCAAGAAUGCCUACAGCCAGUUAGGAAUCACGACUGAUUUUGACAACGAGAACUUUAUCAUUGGAAAUUUCCAGUCGAGGUUAAGCGAUGCACCAAGACAGGAGAUGGUUCUGAGAGAGGGCUUGAUGACCAUCGGGAAACAUUUAAAAAACGAAAAGAUCAUGAACGCUUCUAAAAAGGUUGUUAUGGAUUUACGCCAAGCCUACGAUGUACUCGGGCUGGGUAUCGGAUCCGACGUCGAUGCCGAUUUUGUGUCUAGUAUCUUCCACUACCAGCUCAACGAAAAUCCAAAUAAUGCUACCAAUCUUUGGGCUGCUUUAAGAGUUAUCGCAGAUAACCGGAAAGCCCCCAAAUUAAUAAGCAUGUGUGACGCUCACGACCAAGGUCUAGAGUUAAUGGACUACGACACCGCUCUUCUACGCCUUCGUGUCAAUGGACAAAUGUCUGACGACACUGUUGUUCAGUACUACGAGGGGGGAGUUACCCAGAAUAACCGGACAACGCUGAGAAGCGCCUUGAAAGUGAUUGCGGAUAAGCGACAGAGUAGAGCUCUGGAGCAUUAUAUCAAGACGGGCAGCAAACUCUUGUUCACAGACGGAAUGGCGGACUGGCCAGUUGGUUUAGAAAAUACGGGCAACACAUGUUACCUCAACAGUUUGUUGCAAUAUUACUUCACUAUCAAGCCGUUAAGAGAUGUUAUUAUGGACUUCGACAAUCACGAAGAAGAUGAAGUUUCUGAGGAACUAUUGGAACGGAAGCAAGUUGGUGGCCGGAAAGUCACUAUGACUGAAAUUGAACGGGCGAAAAAAUUAACCCACGGCCUCAAAGGCUUGUUCCGCGAGAUGGUCACAAGCAAACAAACCUACGUCAGACCGGAAAAGGAAAUUUCAGAGCUUGCUUUGAAUAGUGCGAAUCACGAGGUAUCUGCUCGGAAGAGGUCCGUCGCUUUUAACGACGAACGGCCCGCUGGGUUCAUCGGGCCCAUGUUACCACCUGGCACGGUAAUUGAAAAUGAGGAACCGCUAGCCUUCUCCAUGGACAUCGAUGAGAAACCGCCACGGCUCCGUGUUACUAACGCGGAUGACCAGUCUAGCGAUAUUACUCUCGUAGGGGAAAAUCAGGAACCGCCUGCAUACGAGGACCAGGGAUACAUAGUAGUCGACGGUCAGCCCGGUGCUCCGGAUCCUAGUGGGGAUAUCAAAGGUAAAGGAAAACAAAUUGAAGAGGAAGAACCCGGGCCUAAGAUACAUGCCCCCAAGCCAAUACCAGGCAGGGGAAUAUCGGCGUUGGAUGCUAUGAAUCUUGAUGAUGACAGCGACAGUGCAGUUCCAUUGUUGCAAAGAGAGGUUGAGGAUGAGAGUAUGGAGGAUGCACCAAUGCCACCUACGGCACCUGAGAAAGGCGGAAUGAGAGUUAUACCUCCUAUUCCUGAUCGUCCACCACCUAUUCCCCCAAGGCCGAAGGAGAAGACUGCCGUUUCCGCUUCCGCUGUUUCUGCGCCGCAAUCUUUCGAAUUUGGAAGACAACAAGAUGUCACAGAAUGUAUUGAGAAUGUGAUGUUUCAACUUGAGGCGGCGUUGAAGGCAGAAGGAACAGAGCCUGAUGGAGAGCAGCUGGAUAUCAUCAAAACCCUGUUUUACGGGAAAACUCGACAAACAUUGGAGUUUUCGGCACCAGCGGAGACAAGAGAUAAAGAAGAACGAUUUGCAAACCUGAUGAUCGAUGUUGGAGAAGUUGGGCGGGACAUCUAUACGGCUAUGGAUGGGCAUUUUGAUGCGUCAGUUGUCGAGUUGGAAGGCAAACUUGCACGCAGAUAUCUAUCGAUCACAGCGUUACCAUCGAUUCUACAGAUCCAGAUCCAGCGGGUGCAGUUCAACCGAGCUACGAAAUCUAGCUAUAAGAGUAAUGCGCCGUUGACCUUUGGGGAAAGGAUUUUCUUGGAUAGGUAUAUGGCUAGUGGUGACGAUAAGGGGUUGAUGGCGAGAAGGGAGCAAAGCUGGAAAUGGAAGGCGGAAUUGGAGAAGCUUGAAAAGCGGAAGACAGAAUUGGAAGAAGAAACUGAGGGACUGAAGAUUCAAAUGGCUUUGGAGGCUACCAAGGGAUAUUUAGGUGAGAUUAAUAAUAUCUUUGGUGAGGAUGAGGAUAUGGUCGUGAUACCCUCUAGCUUAUUGGUGGAGUUGGAAGAUCACAAAGAAAGGGUCGGCGGAGAAUUGAGGUACAUCAACGAAAGGAUCAAAGAGCUACAGGGAAAUUUGAACCAGCAAUUCACCGACUUAAGGAAGUAUGGAUAUAGAAUUCACUCCAUUUUCAUGCACAGAGGCUCUGUCAAUUUUGGUCAUUAUUGGAUCUACAUCUAUGAUCAUUAUAACAAAAUUUGGAGAAACUAUAAUGACACGACAGUAUCGAAAGCCGUUGAUGAGGAAGAGAUAUUUAGAGGAAAGAGCAAGGAUGGUGGAACAGAUGGAGGACCAUACUUCCUUGUUUACGUAAGAGAAGAUAGGAUGGAUUGGAUGCAGGCGCUUUGUAGGGAUCUCGGCGAAGGAAGGAAGAGUGAAGGGGUAGCUGUUGAUGAAGGCAAAGAUAAAGGUGGCGUUGUGCCUAUGGAUAUUGGUGGGGUUGAAGAGGGGCUCAAGGGGGGUUAA